CGUGUAAUAGAAUAUAACUGCUGCACCAUUUAAGGUGAAACGGGAUAAUUCGAAUAAGUAACUGGCGAAUAAGCAGCUGACUUCAGCCUCGCAGCUCUCGUAGCCAGUGGCUUUAGUAACAUUAACAAGUGACCUUAAUGCAAAUUCAGCCUUCUCUUCAGUUUGUUGUGUUUAGGUUAUGGCUGACGAAGGCUUGGCGGAGGACUAUCCCACAGAAAUCGAGGAGUACCUCACUGGCUUCGAGUCUUCUGUGAGCUCUGUCCUCAGUGUAAUCCAGACUCUCAUGUCUGUGUCGAAGGGCGAGCACCUGAAGCUUGACCCACUUGACCAAGCCAAACUGGACCUGAUGUCUGCGUACACCCUCAACUCACUGUUUUGGAUGUACCUAAUGACACAAGGAGUGAACCCAAAAGAACAUGGAAUCAAACAAGAACUGGAGAGGAUCCGAACCUACAUGAACAGGCUGAAGGAGAUCACCGAUAAGAAAAAGGCAGCUCGUCUGGACAAAGGAGCAGCAUCUCGGUUCGUCCGGAACGCACUGUGGGACGCAGAGGACAGCAAAGGCAAAGGCAGCACAGGGGGUCCCCACAAAGCCAAGCAGAGGAAAUUGAACUGAGGACAGUAGUCAGAAACUGUUGUAUAUGUUGUGCCAUAAACGUCUUUUUUAAUUACUAUUUUGUUUUUUACAUUAGUCUUACUUUUUCCUUCUGUAAUAUCUGGUCAUCAUCAAGCUGUGGUUUUAUGAUGUAAUCUACAAGUUUUUGAUUUUUUAAUAGGAAACAGUGUUUAAAGAGUCACCGUGUGGAGUACUGUUGUUUACUGUGUAUGCUAUUUAAGCAGCAUCCUUCAUUCUGAAACGUUCAGGAGCUUUACUUAUGAUUACAGAUGUGAUUGUGAAGUCUAGAGGCUUUUAUUGUCAUUCUGUCUAUGUACAAGUACACAGUGGAGCAAAAUUACGUUCUUCCAGGAACAUCAUUGUACAACAUGGAACAGAAUAGACAGUACAAAGUGCAAACGUGCAGACUUUUUUAAAAUUAAAUUAUAAACAGUACAAUAAAUAUGAUGAUUAAAACUGAUAUUAGACACCAUAAACAGACAGGACAGUGCAGCGCCGACACAGCACUCAUUACUGAGCCUGACAGAAAUUUAUAACCUACUGUACAGAUUGUUUUUGUUGUUGGCAGAUUCUGUUAAAAUUUUGGCAAAGCCCAACAGUCAAACCUGUCCAGUAUGAGCUGGAAAUUUGUUUUGGACACUCUUCACUUUAAGGCAAAUAUGAAGGGGAGUUCCACCACUUUUUUGCAAUUUGUACAUAAUCCUGCCUUUUGAGAUUUAAGCAAAGCCAAUCAGAUUGGUUCUAUGUGAAAUGGUUUGUUGUAGAGAAAGUGAUUUAAAUAUCUUCACGGCGCAGAUGAUAACCAGAGAUUGCAAUGUCUCCCGUGCGAUAUAACCAUUUUGUUUGCUAAAUCAAAAUCAUCAGUGAACCUCACAUGUUGUUUUACAUGUAAAGUGAAAAUGGCAAAAUUGUGGUACAUCUUGGACUAUUUUGCCUCAUAAAUGCCCUGCAUGUACCCCUCUAAUGCGAAUGUCUCUAGAGCAGAGUAUUUCGCAUCAAACCACUCUGAAUGAGGUUUACAAUGUAAAAUAAAUAAUCAGCAUAUUUAAAAUCA